UUUUGGUAACUGCCGCAUUGCUGGAGUGGCUGUCGUACACAUAAAUUAGUUUACUUUUUUUGGUUCUGUCGUUUCACAUAUUAUUCAUACAUUUUAAGUGCGUUGAGUUCCAUUGUAAACUUGUCCGCGGUUUGGUUAAAUUGAAAACGAAAGGCCAAGCAUAAAGUGCAAUUUUAAAUGAAUAAUUGGGGAAACUGGUUCCAAAUAUUUGAAUAGUUGCUCACCCGGUUUCAAAAGCUGUUCGUGUGGCAAAUUAAAUAAUUCAGUUAAGGGGUUUUCAAUUCAAAAGUUAUAAAUAAAAGUGAAAACAAUCGAAAUGUCUAUUAAUUUACGUACCGUUUACGCCUUCGCAAGGGAAAUGUACCCAAAAAAAACCACGGCUAGAAUUGAAUACGGAACAGCUGGAUUUCGUGGCAACGCCGAAAAUCUGGACAGUGUUAUGUUUCGAAUGGGCGUUUUAGCUACAUUACGAUCUCGCAUACGUGGAGGUGCUGUAAUAGGCGUUAUGAUAACAGCUUCCCACAACCCAGAACCUGAUAAUGGUGUUAAAUUAAUUGAUCCGAAGGGAGAAAUGUUGGAAGCUAGUUGGGAAAGCAUAGCGACAGAUUUAGCAAACGUUACCGAUCAAGAACUAGAAGCACACGUUAAAAAAAUAAUCAACGAAAAUAAUAUUGAUAUUGGCUCAUCAUCCAACGUAUUUGUAGGUAUGGAUAAUAGAUACCACAGUCCCAGACUACUUAAAGCUGUAGCAGAUGGUGUUAUCGCGCUGAAAGGAAAUGUACGAGAAUUUGGAAUUGUAACCACACCUAUGUUGCAUUAUUUUGUGGUAGCAGCGAACACUAAAGGCGCUUAUGGACAGCCAACCGAAGAAGGAUACUACACAAAAUUGAUAACAGCAUUUGAGAAAAUCCGCGGUGACAAGUUGGAAAAUGGUAACUAUCGUAAUAAAUUAAUAUUUGAUGGUGCAAACGGUGUAGGGGCACGCAAAAUGUUACAAUUCCUUAAACGUAUGAAAAAUUCACUAAACGUGGAGGUGUUCAAUAAGGGAGAUGGAAAAAUUAAUCAUGAAUGCGGUGCCGAUCACGUUAAAGUGCAGCAACGUAUCCCAAUUGCUAUGCCCAUACUAGAACCAUAUACACGUUGUGUCAGUGUUGAUGGUGAUGCGGAUCGCGUGGUAUAUUUUUUCUCAGAUGAAACGGGUCAAUUUAGACUGUUAGAUGGCGAUCGUAUCGCAACGCUAGUUGCAGAUUAUCUGAUGGACUUAGUAAAACGUUGUGAGCUUGAUCUGAGUCUGGGUUUAAUACAGACUGCUUAUGCUAACGGUGCCUCAACAGAUUAUAUUGUGAAUGAACUUAAAGUUCCUGUUGCCUGCGUACCAACAGGCGUCAAACACUUACAUCAUAAAGCACUAGAAUAUGAUAUUGGUGUAUAUUUUGAAGCUAAUGGGCAUGGUACUGUAGUGUUUAGUGAUAAUGCGAAAGCUGUUAUUACAACAGCUGCAAAUAGCAACAACGACGCUAAAACCUUAUUAAACGUUAUUAAUCUUAUCAAUGAAACAGUCGGUGAUGCUAUUUCUGAUAUGCUCUUAGUUGAAACAAUUCUCAACCAAAAAGGUUGGGAUGUUAAAGAUUGGCUUGGUACUUACGAUGAUCUUCCAAAUUUACAAUUGAAAAUAAAAGUACAAGAUCGCAACGUUAUUUCAACGACAGAUGCGGAAAGAGUUUGCGUUACACCAGUUGGUUUACAAGAAGCUAUUGAUAAAAUCGUUGCGAACUAUAAGCGUGGUAGAUCUUUUGUUCGCCCUUCAGGCACUGAAGAUGUUGUACGUGUAUAUGCAGAAGCUGCUACAAAAGAGGCGGUUGAUAAUCUUGCCUAUGAAGUUGGCGUUUUAGUACAAAAAAUGGCUGGAGGUGUUGGUCCUGAACUUACACAUCCCAGCACGCUCAUAAACUCACAUAUAUAAUUGAUUUAAUACAUUAUUUUAUAGAAGCAGCGGAAGCUUUCUAUGAUUUUAUUAUGUUUUUAUAUAUAUUUUUUAAUUAACAUUCUUACUGCCUUGACAAUUAUUAUUGAUUUAUAUAAUUAUUCGCUAGAAAAGUAGCUUUCGAUUUGUAUUUUAUUUUGAAAUUAUACGAUUCACGUAAGUUAAAAAUUCUCAUUUUGCAAUAUGUUUAUCGCUAAGCCAAAUAAUCAAUUUUAUUUUUAUUGUUAACGUUAUUCAUUGGUAACAUUAAAAAUCAACAAUAAUAAAGAUUGAAACUUAAAAAUUAUUU